UCCCGCCGCCGCUGCCGCUGUCGUCACCGCCGAUCGGUCUACUCCGGACCAGCACUAGACUUGCAUCAGUCGCGUUCCGCCCGUUCUGAUCAGUGCACGUUAUCGUGACGCUUCGCGCGUCCGAUCAGUCAUCGCGCGCGGUGCCGGCUUCUCGUCUCAUCGUCGUCUCUUCUUCAUUCACGUGUUGUUCAUCUUCGUGCUCCAUACGCGCGCGCGUGUACUUCACGUCUUCACAUUUUAGAAUCAUUUCUUCGUUUAUACCACGACAAAACGUUGCUUCAUCCGCUGCGUUAGAGUAAGUUCGAUCGGAAGCAAUAUAAGAGUGUCAGAUGUAAAAGAUUUCGAUUUAUUUAAUUAUUUUUGAGUGACGCGAUAAACUUUUAUACAUUUUAUUUUCGAGAAGACGAAUGUUAAAUGUCAAUAUCGAAUUUCCGCAUUGCCUCAUUUGGAAAAAAUCUUCCUCUUAAUCUCACAAGAACAGAAAAUCGAAUUUAAAAAAUCAAUCGAGGUAUUCAUCAUGAACGGGAUAUCAAGUCAAUGCGCGAAGCUGAAGAUGUAUGAUGGCGAGGAUGAUAAACCGAUAAUGAUUAAAAAGCCUUUACCAUUGAGAGCCCUUUGGAGCGACGAUAUCGAAGAAAGUGACCUGGAUGUUCCUGGAACACCCAGAACACCGAGAACAUCAACGACAGGCCAUGAGAAAUGCAUGUUCCAUCAUGAUUUGGAGCUGGAUCAUCGACCACUCACGCGAGAAGCCAUGUUACCGGAAAUGUCUCGAAGUUACAAGUUACUAUUGAAUUCGUUGGGUGAAGAUCCGGAACGGCCGGGACUCUUGAAGACGCCGGAACGCGCCGCGAAGGCUAUGCUCUUCUUUACGAAAGGAUACGAUCAGACACUCGAAGAUGUACUUAACGACGCAAUAUUCGAUGAAGAUCACGACGAGAUGGUGGUAGUAAAGGACAUCGAGAUGUUCUCCAUGUGUGAGCAUCAUUUGGUGCCGUUUUAUGGCAAAGUGUCAAUCGGUUAUCUACCCUGCAAGAAGGUAUUGGGCCUCAGUAAACUCGCCAGGAUUGUAGAGAUCUUCAGCAGACGUCUUCAAGUGCAAGAGCGACUCACGAAGCAAAUCGCGAUAGCAGUUACGAAGGCUGUGCAACCUGCAGGAGUCGCCGUCGUGGUCGAAGGAGUCCACAUGUGCAUGGUAAUGCGAGGCGUGCAGAAGAUCAACAGCAAGACAGUGACCUCGACGAUGCUGGGCGUAUUCCGGGACGAUCCCAAGACUCGCGAGGAGUUUCUGAAUCUGGUGCACAACAAAUAGACGGUCGAACGCAUCGCGGUAUCAUUGGCAUCAACGGCCGUGUAUGUGGGACCACUAAUUAAUUAAUUUAAUAUUGCAUGAUACACCGAUUCGCGACCGCCGUUCCCCGAUUGGCUUCAUCAUCCGAUUACCUCGUUGUGAGAGCCUCGUCUAAAGGACUUUGUCGCCGCGACACUUUCUCUCAUUCUUACAUUCCGUUCGUUUCCGUAAGAAAGAUAAAUCUCGGCGAUGGCCCUUGUAUUUUUGUCAUAAGCAUGAUCGGAAAAAUCCAAAACGAUCACUAUCUAAGUUGACUUAGCGCGAACGGAUAGUGUUAACGCUUAACGCACAUCCCUCGCUGAUAAGGAUGCACUUAAACUGCUGAUGUGAGUGACAUUGACAAUAGCGAUGAUGAUGAUGCGUCACUGUCAUCUGUGAAAACGCUCGCGAAUUUUGAGACAAUAAUAAUACGGAACUCGCGAGCUGUUUGUCGCAGAACGAACAGGACAACGAUGUGGGACGUGUGAAUUCCGGUGCGAAGGGGCAGCGAAUAAAUAGUAAUUUUAGUGGGAAAACGUAUAAGUAUUCAAUGUGAUAAAGAAUAUUGUAACGUAAAUAGAAAGUCGCUGCUGGAUCAGCGAUAACCCUGCCGGAAUGGUCUCUGUUCGCUGCUCCUUCAGCCGAGCGACCUCGUCGCUUAUAAAGGAAUCUUUUAGGAAAUUUUUCAUUGAAGACUCUCGGCCGACACAAAACUCGCACAUCCAAGAGUCGACGCGCUUCUUGUGACAAUAAAUUAUACAUCCUAUACAUUAUCUUAGUAAAAUUCUUUGAAGGGACUGCGCUCGACUCUUUCGUCUAUUUAUUUUCGAGUUGGCCAUGCGAGCUUUCGAGAUUCAAUUUCGUAUUUCAUGAUAUUUGGCAUUUUAUCGCAGUUGCAAAACUUGACAGCCACAAGUUUCGCAUUGCGUCAUUGCAAAAUUAUCCAUUUUAUUCACCAUAUACAUAUCAUAUUUGGUAAUAAACGGAUUUUAUAAUUAAACAGAUAAACGGUAUUUUAAAAUUCAAAAUUUAACAUUUUUUUUAAAUUAAUGUUAAAUAUCUUGGUAAUUAUAUCCGAAGUUUAGAUUCUAAAUAUAAUCUAUUUAAAAUUGAUUAGAGAAUAGAGUUUUGUUAUACAUUUGCUCUCUAAAACAUAAUAUAUCUUAAAAAAAUGGGUUUAUUACCAAAUAUUUUAUUUGGUAUUUUUUUUUGUGAGCGAUUGUUGCGUAGUUUAAUUUGGAUGUAAUUUCAAAAAAAACUCGCAAAAUGUCACAAAAUGCGCGCUGCUUCAGCCAUGCAUUGCGCAUCGUGACGAAGUUUAACGAAAAAUAUUGUUUUCUAAGUGCACACCAUAUUUGCCUAACUCAUCUAUCGAGAUGGUUUCCGGGGAAAGUUUCAUCCUCGAAGAGCAUUCUCGGUCAUUACUGUUUGCAUAUCAGUAAAUUAAAACUGGUUCACUUUGCAUGUAUGUGUUAAUUCUGCAAGUGAAAAUAUUAUCAAAUUUGUUCAUAUUCCGUAAUAAAUGUGUUCAUAUUCCGUAUAAAUGUUUAAAUUUACGCGUGUGAUUAUAUUCAUAACUUAUAAAGACAUUUUAUUUGGGAUUGUAAAGAUUUAUAUAUAAAAGAUACGUUAUACUCAUAGUACUUUAUUUUGCGUACUUACGGCUAGUCCAAAGUAUCGCAUUACAUCGAAAAUUUUGAUAAUAUUUUAAUGAUAUAAUAAGAUUUACGUCAGCUUAUAUUAUGCACAUAUCGAUUUUUGUUAGAAUAUGUGAUGGAAACUUCCUGCCUCAACAGACUGAAGUGACACGAACUUCAGUAUAUAUUCUCCGGUAUAUUAUACUUUCUAUGCGAAAAAGUGAAGAGAAAUGUUCACGUUAUUACUUAUGAAAAAGUAAUUGUUCAAUAUUUGUAAUAUUUUUCUGACGAUA